AAUUGUCCUCUCGAAGAUCCGGAUGCCGACCCGAAUAUUGCUAUCGGUAACCCAUGGACGUUGAGAAAUGAGAACUUUUAAUUCAAACUCCGAAUCUGUGAUUCAGUACUAGCUUCGAGAUCUCGAGAAUUUCACCGGUGAUCGAGAAAGGGAGGCUGCCACGAUUCCAGAAGCUGCCUGCCGCCGCGCCGUCAAGGACUUGCCCGCUCGGAUCGAGUCAGGCGCUGCCGCCGAUCAGGAAUCGUUCGAAAGCAUCGGCCAAGCCAUCGACAACACCUGGUGAACCGUGACCGACAUUAUUGUUCACGCCGCCCAUCCCUUCUGUCUUCGCAGGAAACCACGCAAACCAGAAGCUCGAAGGACCAAGCCUACUGCCGAAACCAAAUUGGAAAGAGAGAGUGCCGAUUGCCUAGAACGCCACCGGUAGGGAGACGUCGCCGCCGCAAGACGCAGCUACACCCUCCAGGUUCAAGAGUUAAAAGAUGGGGUACAUAGGGGCACACGGAAUAGCAGCAUUGCAUCGUUACAAGUACAGCGGAGUGGACCACUCUUAUGUAGCCAAGUAUGUGUUGCAGCCCUUCUGGAGUCGCUGUGUCAAUUUCUUCCCUCUCUGGAUGCCGCCCAAUAUGAUUACACUCACUGGAUUUUUGUUUUUAGUCACUUCUGCAUUGCUUGGCUAUAUAUAUUCCCCUCAAUUGGAUUCACCACCUCCAAGAUGGGUUCAUUUUGCACAUGGCUUACUUCUCUUCCUUUACCAGACAUUUGAUGCAGUAGAUGGAAAACAAGCUAGACGAACGAAUUCAUCCAGUCCAUUGGGAGAGCUUUUUGAUCAUGGAUGUGAUGCACUUGCCUGUACGUUUGAAUCCUUGGCCUUUGGGAGCAGUGCUAUGUGUGGACCAGCUACUUUCUGGUUCUGGUUUAUAUCAGUUGUUCCGUUUUAUUGUGCUACAUGGGAACAUUAUUUCACCAACACACUUAUUCUCCCGGCAAUAAAUGGUCCUACUGAGGGUCUCAUGCUGAUAUAUCUUGCCCAUUUUUUUACUGCUUUUGUUGGUGCCGAGUGGUGGGCUCAAUAUUUCGGGAAGUCGGUGCCAUAUUUGAAUUGGGUUCCAUUUAUAAACAAAAUCUCAACAGCUAGAGCUGUGCUGUUUCUCAUGAUAGUCUUUGGUGUUAUACCGACAGUAUCAUUCAAUGUGCAAAACGUGUACAAGGUUGUUAAGGCAAGAAAUGGAAGUAUGCCACUAGCUCUGGCUAUGCUUUAUCCAUUUUCUGUGCUGGUUGGAGGAGUCCUUCUAUGGGAAUACAUAUCUCCAUCUGGUUUGAUGGGGAAGUACCCACAUUUGUUCAUUGUGGGAACUGGUCUUGCAUUUGGGUUUCUCGUGGGAAGGUUGAUUCUAUCUCAUUUAUGUGAUGAACCCAAGGGCCUGAAAACUAGCAUGUGCAUGUCUUUGAUAUAUCUGCCUUUUGCCAUAGCUAAUGCGCUCACUGCCAGACUUAAUGAUGGCAUUCCAUUAAUUGAUGAAUUCUGGAUUCUCCUUGGAUUUUGUGUCUACUCUGUGUCGCUAUAUAUGCACUUCGCUACAUCGGUUAUUCAUGAAAUAACAACAGCUCUGGGAAUCUAUUGUUUCAGGAUAACAAGAAAGGAGGCCUGAAACCCUCUUUUUUCGGGUCAUUUUGUUGAGAUGUUGAAACCGGUGGUCAUACAUUCAUGGAAUCGCUCUUCAUGGCAUAGCUUUGGGAGCUUCAAACGGCUGACCUGUAAGCGGGACGAAGACAGCUAAAACGUUACUUGCGUGUAGUGUUCUGUUUGACGAGUUUUAAUAGGGUAAUGUGCUUAGUUCAAUUUUUGGCAGUUCCCUGUUAAUUAAGAGGGGUUUGUUCUACUGGUUCUGUCUUUGAGUUCAUGAUUUUAUGACAAUGAAUGUUUGGGAAGGCUUGUUUAAGUCUAUGCCGGAACUGGGGUAGAUCGAAUGGGUCUUCAUUGUUUGGUUUUACCUUUGAAACUAUUUUCUUGGCAUUUUCUGAGUUCCUAAUCUGUUGUCUCAUU